AUGACAAGCGUUAUAACUAUCAAAGGCGGUCAUCAUGUUUCGGGAGAUAUACACGUCUCUGGCUCGAAAAACGCCGGGCUAGCCCUGAUGGCCGCAUCUCUACUUGCGUCCGGGCAAAGUACACUUGAAGGGAUUCCACCCUUGUCUGAUAUCGGCAACAUGGGCCGGAUUUGUCAAUCUUUGGGCGCAAAUAUCACACGCACGUCUGAUUCUUUGCAGAUCGACACGACGAAUCUAGGCGGUCGGGACGUCCCAGACAGGCUCACGCGAUCACUACGAGCCUCGAUCUUGACACUGGGUCCCCUCAUUGCGCGCUUUGGAUUUGCAAAACUCUGUCUCCCGGGAGGGUGUUUAAUUGGAACACGGCCAAUCGAGGAGCAUUUAAAAGGGUUGGAGAAAAUGGGAGCUCGGCUCAGUGUCACGGAGGGGUCCGUUGAGGCUUAUGCUCCUUUGGGAUUACAUGGGGCCACCAUUCAGAUGCAGACCCCGUCCGUGACAGGGACUAUGAACUUGAUGAUGGCAGCAUGUCUAGCCUCCGGAGUGACGUAUAUCUACAAUCCAGCUCGUGAACCCGAGGUGACAGAUCUGGCCAACUGUCUCAUCAGCAUGGGCGCGGUGAUACAAGGAGUGGGGGCUGAUCCCAUCACAAUUGUCGGCUGUGAUAAGCCCCUCCUCCCCUAUCAAUACAAGGUCAUGGAAGACCGAAUCGAAGCAGGAACAUUUCUGAUUCUCGGAGCAAUGGCUGGAAAUCCUCUCGCAGUGCAUAACUGUACUUCUAAAUACCAGACCGCACUGAUAGAAAAGCUGCGUGCAAUCGGUGCUCGGGUCGAUAUCAAGGAAAACUCGAUAAUCGUCCACAAAGCUAUAUGCCCCAUAGCGGUGGACAUCCAGACGGGCCCAUACCCUGCCUACCCAACAGACCUUCAACCGCAAUUCAUGGCACUGCUGUCAAUAGCGGAGGGCAAGUCUCGAAUCACUGAGACGGUCUUCGAGGAGCGCUUUAACCAAUCUGCUGGACUAAUCGCCAUGGGAGCGAAUAUAUGUGUCGAUGGGGAAGACGCUGUGAUAUCGGGUGUGAGAGGGCUAUCCGGGAGAAUGGUAGCUGCUACGGAUUUACGGGCCGGGGCUAGUCUAGUUAUUGCGGCCAUCGCCGCAAAGGGGGUCACAGUUAUUUCAGGCACCCAGCAUAUUGAUAGAGGGUAUUAUGGGCUACAGAGCAAAUUGGAGAAGAUUGGUGUGAGCGUGAAGCGGUCUCAUAGUUUCGAUGAAAGGCCCGGGAAAAUAGAGCCUCGGAUAGCCGUUUCGGCUCUCUGCUUAAAGGCAUAA